AUGCUGGAAGCGAGUAAACCUACUGAAGAAAUAGAUGUUAUAAUCAGAGUCCCAUUAAUAAGGAGGUCAGUAUUAGUUCUGUAUGGGGAAGCAAGGUAUCAUUGGGAGCACUUUGUUUUACGUGAAGAUAUCAUUUCUAGGAGGGUUUGCAUUGCCUACAGGGAAUUCACACCGCCAUACCUAGCCAAUGGUGUUCACUCUGAGACAGGAAAUGAGAUAACAAGAAGAGCAAAACACUUUUGGGAUCAUACAAAAAAGAAACAAGAAAACAACAUUAAAGAAUUACAACAGAGGUGUGAUGAAUUACUAUUG